AUGUCUUCGACAGCAAUUCUCAAGCCAAGUCCGGCAGCUUCGCGCUUUAUCGCUCCAACAACGCCUCUGCGACCUUCGUCGGCCCCUUCAACACCACAAAAGUCACCGAUCAAGGUCGACACUCCAGGAACCUGGCGUCACCCAAACAUGGACGAGAUCAACCGUCGCAAGAACGCUUCAACCUUUACCUCGGACAAUGUUCACAGCAUCAUCAUCAAUGCCUCUGCUUUGCUGGCCUUCCUGCUCGCUCCAAGCAUGUUCUCAAGCUACACCCCCACAGCUUUCUCCGCCUUCUACCACUCAAUGGAUCCAUACGCCUUCUGGGUCUCCCUCGUCGUCCGCUGCAUCCCUGUCCUGAACAUCUCCCUCGCCCUCAUGCCGCUCUUCCGCGCCACCGAUGAGAUGCAGGAUAUUGCCCUCACCAGAGAACAACGACAACUUCUCGGUCUGACUCCGCAAGACGUCCCUCUACCUGCUGGCUCCCCAGGCUACGUUACUCCCCCGAGAUACUCGCGUUCCUCAACACCCCGCUCCAGCGCCCAAAGACACGCCUCAGGCUCUCCCAUGUCGCGAAAGGGAAGUCCAUCAUCUUUCGACCAAAGUACUCUCGGUCUGAGCAAGGGCCCUUCCGGCAGUCCCUUUUCUGUCAGUCCUCUGAUGCAGAAGGCUGUGGGAGGUGCUUCGGCCGCAAGAACUUCUUCGCCUCUGGACAACAGCUUGGGAAGUAGUUCGUCGGGUUUGGCUACCGGAAAAGCAAGCGUCUCACUGAACAGCAAGUGGCUGUAUGAGAGAGGCAAGGGCAGUCCCAACAGCAGAUCUGUCUUUGCAUGA